UCUACACACCGAUCACAUUUUUUGAUAACAGAUCUGCUGAAAAGGAAUGAUAUUUCCCAGAGCGGAAGUAACAGAAGAGGAAGAAAACUUUCAAGAAACCCAAGAAGCUCCAUGCCGUGUGAUCCGUCGCCGUUUGAAUCCGCGGCACUUGUUAUCUCUUCCGGACAAAGAUUUCGGUGCGUAAUAAAACAACACGGAACGACUUGCCCCACUUGUCACAUUCUAGAUCCAUCCGCUAUCUACAGCUUUGACAGACAAAACGUAGUUUUAUGAUGUAAAUCAUCUCACUUUAAUGUUAGAUUUGAAACAAGAUCUCGAAAUAUCUGACCAGCCUUAGAUUCCAUCAACAAGAACAGAAAGAAAAUAAAAACGGCAAAACAAUACGUGUGCAGAAAAAAAUACGCGUAUUUCUAUGAAAUUAUAUUACUUUUUUAGAAGUAUAUCAGAGACAGAUCUGGUGUUCAAGUAAAGAGGUUUUAUGCUUUAUGAUUGAUACCAACAUUUCACCACAAAGCUCCCAAAUUUGUCGCCACUGUCAGAAAGGGCGAGAAGAGUAACUGUUAGGUUACUCCGACCUUGUCUUUGUUUUCCGCAUAAAGCUGUAUUUCCUUCGCCAUUUCCAUAGAUCGAUUCGUGGAUGACAGAGCUUCGAUUCUUGUUUUGGCGUUCCAUUCCUUCUUCUUCUUGAACGGAGUUGGGAGUGUUCGUCCGCUGAGAGGGAUCCGAGUGUUUUUCCCCCUUUGUUGGGAUUUGGCUUGGAGGUUAUUUUCCACAUUGCUUCCAUAAAAGGGUUCCAAUUUUCCCGGAGUUUCUGCUCACAUUCUUUGGAAGUGGGAAAAUUUUCAGCUUGGUCUCGUCGAUUCACAUCCAGAGUUUCCUGCUGCAUUUGGUGGAAGGCGCGUAAAUUUCCAUCCGGGCGUCCAUAAAAGCGUAUUCCGCUGGAGGUGAAAAUUUUUCCAUCCGGGCGAGACUCGCUGAACAGAGCCGAGAAAUUACAGAGGAAAUCCAGAGGAACUUCAGAGAUUCGGACGAUUCUGAAGUCCCCGAAGCUAUUCUCAGGUAGAACAAGCAUGGCGCCCGCGGGAAAUGGGCCCGUAUACCCGAUUCUAGGUUUUCUGGUGUGCGCCAUUUUCAUCUACAUGUCUUUUGGGGAUUUAUGGUUGGAUUACAAGGUGGAACCGGAGUUAGGUUUCGUUAAGCGGAACGGGACUCAGUUCGUGGUGGAUGAUAAGGUUUUAUAUGUGAAUGGAUGGAAUUCGUAUUGGUUCAUGGACCAUGCUGUGAAUGACCACAGCAGAUACCGUGUGGGUGACAUGCUCGAAGCCGGCGCCAAGAUGGGUCUUACAGUGUGUAGAACAUGGGCCUUCAACGAUGGAGGCUACAAUGCUCUGCAAAUGUCACCCGGCCGAUUCGACGAGCGCGUCUUCAAGGCAUUAGAUCAUGUAAUUGCCGAAGCGAGAAAGCACGGUGUUAGGUUGCUUCUUAGCUUGGUCAAUAACUUGCAAGCAUAUGGAGGCAAGACUCAAUAUGUCAACUGGGCAUGGCAAGAAGGUCUUGGCCUGAGCUCAUCUAACGAUUCUUUCUUCUUCGACCCGACUAUCCGUAGAUACUUCAAGAAUUAUCUGACGACUCUGCUCACACGUAAAAACUCUGUUACUGGAAUUGAGUAUAGAGAUGACCCCACCGUAUUUGCUUGGGAGCUGAUAAAUGAACCUCGAUGCAUGUCUGAUGCAUCUGGAAACACCCUCCAAGACUGGAUAGACGAAAUGUCAGCAUUCAUAAAAUCGAUUGACAACAAACAUCUUCUGACUGUAGGCCUGGAAGGUUUCUACGGUUCUAAUAAUCCAAAACGGCUGACUGUGAACCCGGAACGCUGGGCCUCUGAGCUUGGUUCAGAUUUCAUUCGCAACUCUGCUUCCAGAAAUAUCGAUUUUGCAUCGGUUCACAUCUACCCUGAUCACUGGUUUCACGAUCAGGGUUUCGAAGACAAGCUCAAAUUCGUAAUGAAGUGGAUGCUGUCUCACAUUGAAGACGGGGACAAGGAACUGAAGAAGCCCGUCUUGUUCACGGAGUUUGGUCUGUCAAACCUAAACAAGGACUAUGAGCCGUCACAAAGGGACCGGUUUUACAAGACCAUCUUUGAUGUGAUCUACAAGUCAGCAAAGCGAAAGCGGUCAGGUGCUGGCACUUUGGUCUGGCAGUUGUUGGUAGAAGGCAUGGAGGGUUUCAAUGAUGACUUUGGGAUUGUGCCUUGGGAACGAGAAUCCCUUUACAAGCUGAUGAUCCAACAGUCAUGCCGGUUGGGUCGUGAUCGGCAGGAUAAGAGCUUGAAAGAAUUGUGUUCUCAUAGACAAUGAGAUGAUGUGAGUUAUUUGUUUGGCUGCGAGAUCUCGAUGUUGAAACCUAUAUUAUAUUCCAUGUAGAAAGUGUGAUGUUUUUACCUGUUCA